GUUCGAGAUUUUAUCACGACGCAGACAGUGUCUAGUGUUUUUUCUUUAUAAUAUGUCUAAUGAAUUGGACAAAGUGAUCAAACACACUAAUUAAAUUCUACCGAAUAAGACCGUACUCUAGUCCUCUAGCAUAUACUCGGGUAGUAAUGGUGUGAACAGUUUUUUUUGCAAGAAGUGACGGCGCCAGAAUGUCUGACGAACCUGAAGCUAGGAUGUGGGACGAGGGCAGCUCCAGAUAUGACUCGGGAGACCACGGAGUAUAUUUCGAAUCAGCCUUUGCUUCUUCUGAGCACUUGGACAGAGCGCCUUUGCUCUCCGAGGAGACGUACACAGACAUCCCGGUGGGGCGGAGCCCUACUGCCACCCACUGCCAUUGGAAGUCUCAUUCGGAGCCCCGAAGCGCCGUCAGACAACUACUACUAGCGCUCGUACUAUGUGGACUGUUCAUGAUAGCAGAAGUGAUCGGGGGGUUCCUAGCGGGCAGCCUCUCCGUAAUGUGCGACGCGGCCCACAUGCUGAGCGACUGCGGGGGCUUCGCCCUUGCUCUGCUCGCCUUCCACUGCGCCAAGCGGCAGCCAGACUUAACCAUGUCCUAUGGGUAUAAGCGAGCCGAGGUCCUCGGCGCCAUGGUGUCCGUCCUCCUAAUAUGGAUACUAACCGGCAUCUUCGUGUAUGUGGCCGCCAUCCGGAUACACUCGCGCGACUUCGAUAUAGAGCCGGACGCCAUGAUGGUCGUGUCCGGGUGCGGAGUCAUCUUUAACAUCAUACUAGCUGUCGUGCUCCAUGGAUGCUCCGGUAUCGCGCACCACCACACGCACGGCGGCGCGGCGUGCACACACGGCCACACGCACGCACACACGCCCCGCUCGCGCUUCGGUGUGUUUCGUCGCGACAAGCAGAACGGCGCCAUAGCCAAUGGAGACUACUCCGUUAACGGCGAUUAUUCUAUGAAGGAGUUGGGAGAGACGCGGGUGGAAGGGGGCGGCGACAGGAACAUAAAUCUGCGAGCAGCCCUCAUCCACGUGCUCGGCGACUUGAUCCAGAGUUGCGGGGUCCUGUUAGCUUCGGUGCUCAUCAAGUUUUACCCGGAAGCGAAGAUAGUGGACCCGAUCUGCACGUUCGUGUUCUCCGUGCUGGUGCUGCUGACGUCGGCGCGCGUCGUGCGCGACGCGCUGGCGAUGCUGAUGCAGGCCGUGCCUAGGGACUUCCGGUACCGCGAGUUCGUGCAGGCCCUGUCUGCUAUCAGCGGCGUGCGGCACGUGCACUCCGUGCACGCGUGGGCGCUCUCCACGCACCACGUCGUCGUGUCGGCACACGUCGCUAUAGAUGAGCUGACAGACUCCGAAGCGGUGCUGCACGCGUGUCAACAGCUGGCACAGGAGUACAACGCUAGGGCUGGGACGUUCCAGGUGGAGCGUUAUUCGAGCGCGAUGCCGACGUGCGUCGACUGCAGGCAGCCCGGACACGUGCCAUGACAUCUGACUACCCUCACACACUAGCCCAGUCAGGAAUCAACGGACAGCUCAAGUACUGAAAGACCUGAAGUAUAAAUGGCAUAGAAACGUAGGAUAAGUAUUAAAAUUUUGCCAAUAGUAUGGACAAUUAGCAAAUUCGCAAAAAUGGCGCUGGCGUCGCAUGAUAUAUAUAUUUAAUUGACAUGAAAAUAAUAUAAACAAGACGAAAAUGUUAUAAUAAUUACAUAAUUAUAAGUAUUGUUAUGAUUUAAGUUAUUUUUGUAUGUAAAAGUUUCAUAGGAUUUUUAAAUUAGUUCACCAAUUUGCUGGUAGAUGGCGCUAAAAUGCAAGAUAGAUCGCGCUGUUAAGAUUUUUCCCGAGUUGAUGGGGUCGCCGCCAUACUAGUUUAUCGUUACUCUGGUUUCCCUUCAAAACGCAUAAAUCUUUCGCCUUUUACUAAAGAUUUCCGUGGAGGGGAACACUCAAAUGAGUCUUACUCUAUUUUUUGAUGCCUUGCUUUUAGCAGGGCUUAUUAAUUUGUAUAAAAUUACAUGUUAGUAUUUCCAUUGAGUACGAUACGAAAAUCAUAUAUCUAUAAUAUUUUAGAGGAACCGGGGGACGGUAUCGUCUUGGGUCGUCCCAUUCGUUUUUCGUCAAGUUCUUAAAUUAAUCCUAUUCUGCUUUCGUCAGCCAUUCUACAUUCGUCACAAUCGUCGAUGGCUUUCAAUGUAGAAUGAGUGACGAAAGCAGAAUAGGACUAAUUUAAGAACUUGACGAAAAACGAAUGGGACGAUACCAGCGGGACGAGGUUUAUUUCGUUUCGCGUGCAAACUAUUCCACCUAUCCAAUUUAUUUGUCCAAUGUGUAUUGCGUCUCUCAUUUUGCUUUUAUGAGAGAGUGAGAGACACUGACAUUGGACGGGUGGAAUACCACCCUCGCACGCGUUUUAUUUUUCCAUAGAAUGUAGCAUUAUAACAUUUUAUCGUCACAAUUUCUUUAGCAUAAUAAUUUGAUCUCAAAUUAGUAUCUAAUCGUGUUAUAUCACAGAUGGCGGUGGCUCUAACCCUAGUUACCUAUUAUAAGUCUAGUGCCAACUUUAUAGUUCGUUUUUUUAGCAUUAGAAAUAAUGUAAACAAUCUUGAUGUGUCUUUUAAUUGAAAAACACAUUUUAAAAAUAAGUUACGGCAAAUAUGUAACAAUUAUGAAUCUAAUACGAUCAUUUAUAUUCUUCUGCUUUCAUAAGUAAUAGUUUUUGAAUUUUAAAACGCGUUUUUCAAUAAAAGACAUGUCAAGAUCGCUUACCUUAUUGCAAGUUCUUUCUAAUGCUAAAAAAAACUAACUUUAGGGCUCAAUUUAGAUGCAUUUUUGAUAAUCAUUGUCAAUGACUACCCAAAGUGCCAAAAGUGAGUUUCCAUUUCAUUUCUUGGAACAUCUGAGGAGUACAGUAGACGCUCGCGAAUCCGGAACGCCUAGUAAUCCGACAAUAGGGAAUAUUACGCAGAACUCUGUGUAGGGGGCGCCACUACCACUAUCCAUCACAAUCUGGGGGUCUACCGCGAAACAAGAAAUCGAUAUUUUUUAUCUAACCUUUCUAUCACUCUUGCAUAUGCGAGCGAUAAAGAGACAUAUCGGGGGGCACGGCAGUGCCCCCGCCAAGUCGAGCGCGAAGCAAACACUGCCGUACCAUCCUUUACUGGAACCAUUUCGCCGCAUUUUCAGGCCCCUAUUUGAGAACCUCUGGAUAAGACCAGAACGCAGAAAUUUUGGUCAUCCAGUAAGCUAUAAUCACAUACUUAAAAUCCAAACUUUCAAGUCUGUAGGUCAUUUAGUUCCGAAGUUAAGCGAAAGCAAAGUUUCGCAUUUAUGAAACUCACUCAUGAUCAUCAGAAUAGAACUAGUACUUCCCAUAAACUCAGAGAGCUGAAAUUUGGUACAGAGUUAGGGUUUAAUGGCCACAUAAAGGGAAAACCUAAAAAUAUUGCAAUAUCAGUCACGUUUUAAAGAUCUAAGAACUGCAUAAGUAAGUUUGUAAUCCCAUAUAAAUAUAUGAUAUUACAAAGUUACUGUUGCAGUUCCUACAAAUAGUAGGUAAAGUAAAGGUACACUACGAUGUACGAUGUGAGUAUCAAUGAAGAUAUGUUUAGUUAUGAUAUGUGUAUACAUAGUAUGGGUAUGAGUACCCGAAAAGAAGGACUGCCUACAAAAAGAGAUGAGAUCCCAUCAAAAACAUUACAUGUAAAAAGGUGCAAGUCUCGCAACACUUUUACUACAAAAAAGUUUUGAGAUGUAAUGUGAAACCAAGUCGGUUAUUUUAAUCAGUGCCAGGAGGUUUCUACAAAAAGAAGUGAAAUCCCACCAAAAACAUUCUGUAAAAAACUAGCCAAGUCUCGAUGGAGCUGCUUGUUUAUCUCUAAAAAGUAAUGAAAUCUAGACAAAGUCGUGCCAAGUCUAAGGUUCCUUACUGCGAUUUCUUUAUUAUUAUAGUUAAUGUUGUGUGACUUGGCCGUUGAAGGGUACACAAGGGUACAAAACCAGGUGCUCCAUGACACCAUUGCACCAAUCUGUCGCCAGAACCGCUACCCAUUGACGAUGGAAAAUUGCCACUUGGAAAACGUUGAUUCAAUAACCCAGUCAAUUGUAGGCUUGAUAAAGCUGCGUAUUUCAAUAAUACUUAUGUAUGGGCGAGCCUGAAAAACACUUCUUUUUGGUGCAAUGGCAGAUUGGUGCAAUGGUGUCAUGGAGCACCUGGUUUUGUACCCUUGUGUACCCUUCAACGGCCAAGUCACACAACAUUAACUAUAAUAAUAAAGAAAUCGCAGUAAGGAACCUUAGACUUGGCACGACUUUGUCUAGAUUUCAUUACUUUUUAGAGAUAAACAAGCAGCUCCAUCGAGACUUGGCUAGUUUUUUACAGAAUGUUUUUGGUGGUAACUAUAUUUCGAUUUUCCCGUUUCCCGGUAGGCCCUUGUUAACAAAUCGCCUUGAUGCAUCAAUGUCAUAUUUUAUUGUCUGUGAAAACUUGCCAAAAACAGUUUAAGGCACAGUAUGAAUAAGUUUCUCUAUGGUUUACUAGCUAGCUUAGUGCUGCACUCUGGCGGCAGAACAUUGCAGUUACAUUACAACCUCCCCCCCCUAUUAUCCCCUAUUAGUGACCCUGCUCUAUAUUCCGGCAGUUUACACAGCCGAACACGCUUACAGUGCGGUUGCUUUUGAUAUUUAGAAUGGGGUUGGCCGGUGGAAGUUUUUAGCAGAUGGCGCCAUCAUAGCUUGCCCCGUCAAUCCCUAGAAUUAUGUCAAAUUUUUGUUUUUUUUUAUACCCAGCCCUUUAACCCCUGGAGCGCCCCAGAAUUACCGUAGUAUGGAACUCCUAUACUAGUUACCAGCACACGUGUCUGUGUAGGGCGCUCCACGGGUUAAGCCAAAUCUCAUAGAAAAAGGGGCGAGCUAUAAUGGCGCCAUCUAUGCAAACCUUUGACAGUUGCCAACCCCAUUUAUUUUCUAUAAUGCCCGCUCCACACUCGCGUUCGCGGCUUCGCGCACGAGUAUAUAGCGGGCUGAUAGAGAUUUUAUUUCCUAUAUAAAUUAAAUAUCCCGGCAGUUCUAACUAUCGGGAAUAGAAGGAAAAUUUCAGGUCCGGACAGGCGUGGCUCACUCCGCGAUUUCGUCGCUUUGCUACAGGUAGCUAAAAGUACAUCCGUUCGGCCCCAAUUUGAGGGUUUGCCAUAAGCCGCGCGUGGCGCUGUCGCCACCUAGCGGCCAUAUCUGUGCUGAUCGUAACAGACGCGUUUUGUUAGAGAGUGAGUCUUCUGUACUUAGUACUAUUAUUUAUUCUGUGGUCCGGAUUACCGAGCGCGUACUGUAGUCCCAAGAGAAAGUGACAAGAAAAUAAUUACCAGCAUAAGUUAUGUAAGCAUGUGACAUUUCCAAGCAAGGUUCAAAUAUCUGCAAAAGUCCAUACUCACUUUCAUUCAUAGAAGAAAGAGAAUUCAUUCAUAGAGUUUGUACAUUGUUGGUUAUAGACACGGACUAUUUGUGACGUUAUCUAUGAACCUUGACUAUUUGGGACCUUAUAGUCGAUGGCGCUUACGCCGCACAGCGUCGCGCGGCAUUGUAUUUAUAUCGGAGCAUCGUUAAUAAUGGCGUAAGCGCUAUCGACAAUAAGGUCCCUUUUAAUAGAUAACGUCACAUAUUUUGUUCGACAAGAGAUAUAAGCGUAAUAUAUAUUAAAGUAAGGUAUGUACAUUUGUUGAUUUAAAAGCGUUCUCAAACUUAAAAUAAAUUAUGAUAUAAGAUACAAGUGUAUAGACAAGGACUACAAGUAUUAAUAUAUUUUUCACAAUAAAUAAUUUUGUAUUUCACUUAUUUUGACGUUGAAAAACCUAAUAUUUCUUAACUUUGUAACCAACAAGUUUGUUUUAUCCAUCAAUAAUUAUGUAUUUUGUCGAAAACAAAAUAAGAUAAAAAAUAGGAAACUAUUUACUUCGUAAAUUUGUAAGUUUCAUCUUUAACGAAUAAUAUUACUUAAAUAUCCGUACUAAAUAAGAAUAUAAUGAGCUUCUUGUAAGAUAACCUGGAAUAUAAUCGUAGAAAUAAAUAGAUGUAUUAGAUUCUAGAUGGCGUUAGUGAUAUCGAGAAAUGAUACAAUUUUAGUUAUUUAGAAUGUUAAAUGUUGAUUUUCGAUUGUGUGUGUAUUCAUUUACAAAUAAAUAUGAUGAUUUUGGUACAAAUAUUAAUAUAAUAUUCACUUUAUUUAUUUUUCGUCUUAGGUUAGGUAUUUUUAUAAUAUGAAUAUAAAAGUAAAAUAUUAUAUUAAUAUAAUAUUAUUAUUAUUCAGGUCAUCAACAGUUUCAUUUCAUAUUACUGCGACUUUCUCAAGACUACUAGCGCCAUCUGGUUUCGUGUUAGUUAACUAAAUAUUAAAUACAUUUUAUUUAUUUUACCGACUCUAUAUUGACGUGGUAAUUUUAUCGAACUUGAUAUAGCGUCGAUAAAAUAUAUACUAUUGAUUUGUGCUACUUUGAAAAGGGCUAGUAACGAAAUGUAUUAGAAUUUUCAGUACUUUAGUAUUUAGAUCACUAGUUAAAUAAUGCAAUUGUAAUAUUUUUGUAUAUUCGUAGUCCGCCCUUAUGGUGUUGGGUAUUGUCCAAUUUUGUUGUCCAAUGUCAUUGGGUCUCACUCUCUAAUUAAACAAAAUGUGAGACGCAACACACAAUAAGGACAGUAAUGACAGUAUUUUGACAAUUAUUGGAAUUUUAUGCUCAAAUAGCUAAUGUAUAUAUAUAUAUAUAUAUAUAUAUGUGUAAAAGUAGAUGUUGUAGUGUAGAUAUUUUGUAUCCGUGAGUUUUGGUGCAUGCCCGUUAUAAAUAUAAUUAAUGAGGACUGUUUUUAAAAGGAAUUACUUGUGGUAAAUAAAGAACGCGUAGCACAAGUAAUUUCGUACAUUGAACCGCCUGUUUCUAUCUCUGUCUCUAGCGCCUAAUUAUAUUGCUAUCCCACUCGCACAGUGCCAUUGAUCGCCACAGAGUCGCUUUUGCUUUUGUAAAAUUUUCGAACAACGCACAUUCAACUCUAUUUCCUACACCGUAGGUUCAAAUUUCUGUGGCAAAUUUUUAAUUUUUCAUUUGUAUGGCUGGGCCUUAGGAGGUUAUAUGGCGCCAUCUACAACAAUGAUGCGGCGUUGUAGGGCGAUUGUCACUCUUAUAUACUUGUUUUUCUCUGGAAGUAAGACCUUUUAAAAAUCUAUCCUCAAAUAGGUAAGUUUUGCAAAGUUAAUUUAAAAAAAAGUUGGUAGAGGUAGUCUAAGAAAGAUAAGUGCUUUGAAUUUGUCAGCUGAUGUAGAUGUCGCUGUCCGGCUCCGUACAUUAUGGCAGUAGUGUUGGCUGUCAAAAUCUCAGUUACAGCAGGCGUGGCUCACUCCGCGAUUUCGUCGCUUUGCUACAGGUAGCUAAAAGUACAUCCGUACGGCCCCAAUUUUGGGGUUUGCCAUAAGCCGCGCGUGGCGCUGUCGCCACCUAGCGGCCGUAUCUGCGCUGAUGGUAACAGACGCGUUUUGUUAGAGUGAGUCUUCUGUACUUAGUACUAUUAUUUAUUCUGUGGUUACAGCAAAACAUGGUGCGGUACAGCGCCAUCUGUUGGACUCUCAACCUUGAGGUACGAUUUUUUCUUAGACUAUAUACCUCUGCUAAAAUUAAUAACUCUUUGGUUUAGCAAUAUAGGAGUUUUUGUAGCGCUCUGUUUUUGACAAGUUUUCUCUGGUUUUAGUUAAAUGAUGUUGACGUAUAUUUAAAUUUCAAAUAAUAUAUGCAGUUUUGAAAUAUGGUCUAAGAUUCUGCUAGUUGCUAGUCGAUAUCUUACAAUAAACACAUACCCCCUUAUUCAUAAACGUUUACUAAAGUUGACAAGCCGAUAAUAAUCGUUUGUCCCUUUCCAUCAUACCAAUACGCCAUAAGUAGGUAUUUACUUCUGACGACUUCAACCUUAACAGAUACGAAUGGACAAAAUAUAUAACUCGUUGAAAUGUUUUAAUAGGUAGUAUAAGCUAGUAACUAAACUAUACUGGAUCAAGCAGAUCUUGUCUAUAGAAAAAGGCGGCAAAUUUGUAAAAUGUAGGCCCCAAGGGAUAUCGUCCCAUAGAAAAUUUGAAUUUCGCGCCUUUUUCUACUGACAAGAUUUGCUUGACCAUUUAUAUAUUUCAACCACCAAUGUGAAAACAAAUUCUCUAAAAUUCAUUCACAGAAAUGACUGUGUCGUUCCUUAAACUAGGGACUUUAGUGUGUGUCAUGCUUAUUAUUCACUAGCGACCCGCCCCGGCUUCGGGUUACACAAAACCAUAACAAAUUAUACACCUAAACCUUCAAUCGCUCAACCGCAUGAAAAUCAGUUCAGUAGUUUUUGAGUUUAUGACGCGGCGGGGGACUUUGUUUUAUAAGGUGUAGUGAUUCAUCAUUAUCAUCAUCAUCAUCUCAGCCAUAAGACGUCCACUGCUGAUGAACAUAGGCCUUCCCCUUGGAUCUCCAUACGUGCCGGUUGGAAGCGACCCGCAUCCAGCGUCUUCCGACGACCUUAACAAGGUCGUCUGUCCAUCUUGUGGGUGGACGUCCUACGCUGCGCUUGCUAGUCCGUGGACUCCACUCGAGCACUUUUCGACGUGUAGUGAUUAGGUACGAGUAAUAUUAGACGCUUUGUAUUAGUGUAGUCGCUCUGGGGUCCCUUUUCAUAAGGAAAGACACAAGUAAGGGUCUAGAUUAAAAUUGGAGCUAUAUUUUAACUAAAAUCUAAAAACAGCGUAGCCGAUGACACGGGAAAACCGUAUGUAGCGAAAAGCGCCUAUGAACAGAAUUCGCCUAGCGGGUCGCUGGCAGUGUAUGUGUUACAUACUUAUUAUACUCUGUAUCUAUAGGUAUUUAAAUAAAAAACAAACUAAAAUCUACCCUUAAAUGGUUCCUUAACCCCUCGUAUGCGGCCUGUCAAAUAUAAUCAUUGUGACAUUGACAUUUAAAACAAUAGAUUUAAAUUCACACGCACGGAUCCGUGUCUAAGCAUACGCGGCGUUAAGCCAGUUGAGGGUAGAUGAAAACAUUACACGAUCAAAUAAUGUAGGUUAAAGUCAGGUCGUUCAGUGACGAAUCUAGGCGGUUUUGUAAUUGGUCGGUUAGAAAAAAAAAAUUAUAACUUCCCGAAAAUGUACCAAUUGUUUGUUUACUUUUAUUUAAAUACCUAAAGAUACAGACAUUACAGACUAUAUGGUUUGGAGUUACAUUGUUUUCAAUUUCCAACAUGAAUUUUAGAAUGCCGUAGCAUGUAGACCCUGUUUUCUGUGAUUUGAUCGCGUACAGUACAGUCAACCAAAUUUAAAAACAGACUAUAAUUGCGAAUGACUGUACCCCGAACUCGAGUUGCCAAAAUGUAACCAAAAAAAUGUAUUUUUAUAAAUGAUUUUGUGGAUAAAAAUAUAUGUAUUGAGAUGAGCGUUGAUUUAAUUUAUAA